AUGGCGCCCUACCUUCCCGAAAAGCUGAAGGUGACGAAGGGCGCGACCUUUCCUCUGCCUCUCGAGUUUGUGCCCCCCCUAGCUGUGUUGCGGCUGGCCGCGGACUUCCGGAAACGCAUCUUGAAGAGUGGCGCUGAGCUGGAGGCAGACCGACUGGGAGGCGUGUCUGUCACUCCAUACUGGUGCCCGGACUUUCGGCGCUCAAAGAAGAGCCGACGCGAGGUGUUCGCCACCCUGUGCAAGCACCAGCUCCUCACCCUCAGGCGCCGCAUCUUCUCGAGGGUAUCGAUUUUCUUCGCCUGGAAGAAGACUGGGAUGACCCUUCUUAUUGUGGAUGCUCGGGCCACCAAUGAAAAUUUCAGGGUGCCACCUCACGCCGACCUGGGCGCGAUCGCGGCUCGGGCGGACGCCGACCUCAGCCUGUCGGAGCUCUCUGAU